AUGCCCCCAUACAAUGUCAAGCUCUUUGACUGCGCCCUAGCGGACUCAGAAAGCACUCGCCCGUACGAGGCUCUGUCCUACGUAUGGGCCUCUGAGAACAAGCCUCGGUCUAUUUCUAUAGACGGCUGCGACUUGCCAGUCGGGGAAAACCUUUACGCGGCGCUAUCACAUCUUCGAGAUCGCUCCAUUGAACGAACCAUAUGGAUAGACGCUAUUUGCAUCAACCAACGAUGCCUAAAGGAAAAGGGACAGCAAUUCCAGUCUAUGGCGAAGAUCUAUACCAAAGCAAGCCGUGUGAUUGUUUGGCUUGGAGGAGCGACACCCGACAGCGGUCAAGCACUCGAAGAAAUACGCAUCGCAGCAGAGCAGCGUACGAAGCCCUCACCUACGAAGCCCUCAAUUAACGAAAGUGCAAUCCUUAAACUGCUUGAGGGGCCAUGGUUUCAACGCAUCUGGGUACUUCAGGAAGUUGCCGCGGCCCUAAAUGUACUGAUCAAAUGUGGUCCCACCGAGAUUAGCGGAUAUGCGUUCUGUUCAGGCCUAAGCAAUAUCCUAUCUCAUAAGGGUGCGGCCUUCCGGCCUAGAUGCGCAACUGGUCGGUCAGGCAGGUUUUCCCUGGGCAUAUGCCCUCUAGGUGAGCUGGUAGAUAUGUACCACACUCGCAAAGCAACUGACCGCCGCGACAAGGUUUAUGCCUUGCUCAGCAUGAGCUCUGAUGAUACUAGCAUCGCAGGGUUAUCCGCCAACUAUGAGAUUUCAUGGGGACGACUAUUCCAGCAACUCAUCAACUUCUUCUCUAAACGAGUGUCUGUAGACACUUGGGAUGAUAAGGAGAUAGCGGUAAUCAGGGGCAAGGGUUGCGUUCUAGGCGAAGUGUCUUCAGUCGAAAUAGACACUGAUUGGGAAGACAGACAGCACGUGGGCAUUACAUGGAAGAAUGCGUCUGGCUAUAGGGGGCCGGGUUCUCCCUGGACCUUAUAG